AUGAGGCUCAUCACCUCCGCACCCUCCGAGUCGUCACGAAACGGAACCCGCACCGACCUUCACCUUGCAGCCAAGCAGGGAUUUUUGAACAUGGAAAUGGCAGGUGUCCUGUCUGUUGAAUGCCUGGAAGCUGGCUUGCUCAUCUCUCUCUACGAGAUUAACCAUGCCAUCUACCCAUCCGCAUUUCUAUCCGUGGGUGCUUGUACGCGCUACAGCCAGGCCAUGGGUUUUGGAGGACCAAACGCCUUGAAGCUGCGUCCUCCAUAUAAUCGCAGCGAACUUGAAGAGAGUAGGCGACUGUGGUGGGCCGUUGUUCUCCUAGACAGGUAUCUCAAUCUCGGUUCUCCAAGUCGACUCGCCUCUGUCUAUGAUCCACCAGACGAUGGCAGUAUGGUCAUUUAUGAUGAUUCUCAAGAAACAGCCAUCGCCAACAGCUUUGGAUCCAGCAAGCUCGGACAGCGUGACCAAGGUUGUCCUGCCUUGAUUGCACAAGCCACUAGACUAUUAGGAAAAGUUCUGCGGCACACCUCCCAUAACUAUUGCUCUGAAACGGAUUUAGAAGCCCAGUGUCUCGGACUCGAAUCGUCGUUGUGCCAACGGCAAGAAAAAGAAUCCUCACAACUGGGCCGCACAAUAGCCUCGCUUAUCGAUGCCGCAGAGACUGAAGCCAGGAAGUGGGCAGUUCCUAUCGAGGAACAGCUCAUGAUUUGUUAUAGUUCUCUCCUUGCUCUCUAUAACCACUACAAGGCCUGCAAAGGCGACCAUACGCAGUGGGAUGAGCAGACAUUAGUCGCUGUCGAAAGAACAAGGGCGACUGUCAUUGGGCGGUGCAGAGAGCUCCUUUCUGACCCAGUAACCAGUUUGGAGAGCAUCUCGCCCUUCUUCCUUCACUGUAUUUAUAUGAUUGCCAUUCUAGGCCAAUCCGAGCCGCAGAGCGCUAUCGCGACAAGAGAUGUACUUGUGAAAGCACUUAAACGCCUCGAGCGUCGCUGGCAAGCAGCCGGUGUCUAUAUAGAGAUACUCGAAGCUAGAGAAAUCCUACAAUCGCCUUGA